AUGGAAAAAUCUCUAGCCUUUGUUUUCCUUCUCUUACUUCAUUGCUUCAUGACCAGCUUAGCUACUCAGACAAACAUCACUACCGACAUAUCUGCCCUUCUUUCCCUUAAAUCCUAUAUCACUUUGGAUCCAUACAAUUCCUUAGCUGAUUGGUUUGUCUCUUCUUUUCCUUGCAGUUGGGUUGGUGUCACCUGUAAUACUCGUUAUGGAAGGGUUCAAUCAUUGAAUCUUGGUGGCAUGGAUCUUAAGGGCACCAUAUCUCCGCAACUGGGAAAUCUCUCAUUCCUUGUUGAACUUGAUCUCAGCGAAAACAACUUUCAUGGUCAUAUCCCUCAAGAGUUAGUUCAGUUACGUCGAUUGAGACUACUCAACUUGAGCUAUAAUGACUUUUAUGGACAAGUUCCAACAUGGAUAGGGCGUUUAUCUAUGCUUGAACACUUAAGUUUUCAAAAUAACAGUUUCAAUGGAUUUAUUCCAUCAUCUUUGAUCAAUCUAUCAAGGUUGGAGACCUUAGAUUGGAAUUCUAAUAUCAUUGAAGGUACCAUUCCACCGAAGAUAGGAAGUCUAAAGCACUUGAAGAAGUUACAACUUUCAAGGAACAAGCUUUCAGGGGAAAUUCCCCAAACAAUUUCCAACUUGUCUUCACUUGAACUGUUAUGGUUGUCUUAUAAUAGUUUGUCAGGUAACAUUCCGCCUGAGAUAGGAAGUCUAAAGCACUUGAAGGUUUUACAACUUUCAAACAAUAAACUUUCUGGAGCGACUCCCCAAACAAUUGCCAACUUGUCUUCACUUGAGCAGCUAUGGCUGUCUUAUAACAGUUUGUCAGGGGCCAUUCCAAAUGAGAUUGGUGAUCUUCAACGGCUACAGAGGAUAUACCUUUCAAAUAAUCAGCUUUCGAGCUCUAUACCAACCUCUAUAUUUAAUAGUUUGAUGCGACAACACAUUGAGCUUGACUACAAUAAUUUGAGUGGCAGUCUGCCAACAAAUUUGUGUUUUGGGCUUCCGAAACUUGAAAGAUUAUAUGUCCAUAAAAAUGAUUUGUCAGGGAAGAUGCCCUCCAAUUGGCAUCAAUGCAAGGAAUUGGCAGACUUGAGGUUGGGGGAUAACAAAUUCAAUCCAGGAACCGUUCCAAGUGAGUUUGGAAAUUUGACCAAACUUCAGUGGCUAUAUAUUGGCAGAAGCAACUUGAAAGGUAACAUUCCGCCUGAGAUAGGAAGUCUAAAGCACUUGAAGGUUUUACAACUUUCAAACAAUAAACUUUCUGGAGCGACUCCCCAAACAAUUGCCAACUUGUCUUCACUUGAGCAGCUAUGGCUGUCUUAUAACAGUUUGUCAGGGGCCAUUCCAAAUGAGAUUGGUGAUCUUCAACGGCUACAGAGGAUAUACCUUUCAAAUAAUCAGCUUUCGAGCUCUAUACCAACCUCUAUAUUUAAUAGUUUGAUGCGACAACACAUUGAGCUUGACUACAAUAAUUUGAGUGGCAGUCUGCCAACAAAUUUGUGUUUUGGGCUUCCGAAACUUGAAAGAUUAUAUGUCCAUAAAAAUGAUUUGUCAGGGAAGAUGCCCUCCAAUUGGCAUCAAUGCAAGGAAUUGGCAGACUUGAGGUUGGGGGAUAACAAAUUCAAUCCAGGAACCGUUCCAAGUGAGUUUGGAAAUUUGACCAAACUUCAGUGGCUAUAUAUUGGCAGAAGCAACUUGAAAGGUAACAUUCCGCCUGAGAUAGGAAGUCUAAAGCACUUGAAGGUUUUACAACUUUCAAACAAUAAACUUUCUGGAGCGACUCCCCAAACAAUUGCCAACUUGUCUUCACUUGAGCAGCUAUGGCUGUCUUAUAACAGUUUGUCAGGGGCCAUUCCAAAUGAGAUUGGUGAUCUUCAACGGCUACAGAGGAUAUACCUUUCAAAUAAUCAGCUUUCGAGCUCUAUACCAACCUCUAUAUUUAAUAGUUUGAUGCGACAACACAUUGAGCUUGACUACAAUAAUUUGAGUGGCAGUCUGCCAACAAAUUUGUGUUUUGGGCUUCCGAAACUUGAAAGAUUAUAUGUCCAUAAAAAUGAUUUGUCAGGGAAGAUGCCCUCCAAUUGGCAUCAAUGCAAGGAAUUGGCAGACUUGAGGUUGGGGGAUAACAAAUUCAAUCCAGGAACCGUUCCAAGUGAGUUUGGAAAUUUGACCAAACUUCAGUGGCUAUAUAUUGGCAGAAGCAACUUGAAAGGUAACAUUCCGCCUGAGAUAGGAAGUCUAAAGCACUUGAAGGUUUUACAACUUUCAAACAAUAAACUUUCUGGAGCGACUCCCCAAACAAUUGCCAACUUGUCUUCACUUGAGCAGCUAUGGCUGUCUUAUAACAGUUUGUCAGGGGCCAUUCCAAAUGAGAUUGGUGAUCUUCAACGGCUACAGAGGAUAUACCUUUCAAAUAAUCAGCUUUCGAGCUCUAUACCAACCUCUAUAUUUAAUAGUUUGAUGCGACAACACAUUGAGCUUGACUACAAUAAUUUGAGUGGCAGUCUGCCAACAAAUUUGUGUUUUGGGCUUCCGAAACUUGAAAGAUUAUAUGUCCAUAAAAAUGAUUUGUCAGGGAAGAUGCCCUCCAUUUGGCAUCAAUGCAAGGAAUUGGCAGACUUGAGGUUGGGGGAUAACAAAUUCAAUCCAGGAACCGUUCCAAGUGAGUUUGGAAAUUUGACCAAACUUCAGUGGCUAUAUAUUGGCAGAAGCAACUUGAAAGGUAACAUUCCGCCUGAGAUAGGAAGUCUAAAGCACUUGAAGGUUUUACAACUUUCAAACAAUAAACUUUCUGGAGCGAUUCCGCAAACAAUUGCCAACUUGUCUUCACUUGAGCAGCUAUGGUUGUCUUAUAACAGUUUGUCAGGGGCCAUUCCAAAUGAGAUUGGUGAUCUUCAACGGCUACAGAGGAUAUACCUUUCAAAUAAUCAGCUUUCGAGCUCUAUACCAACCUCUAUAUUUAAUAGUUUGAUGCGACAACACAUUGAGCUUGACUACAAUAAUUUGAGUGGCAGUCUGCCAACAAAUUUGUGUUUUGGGCUUCCGAAACUUGAAAGAUUAUAUGUCCAUAAAAAUGAUUUGUCAGGGAAGAUGCCCUCCAUUUGGCAUCAAUGCAAGGAAUUGGCAGACUUGAGGUUGGGGGAUAACAAAUUCAAUCCAGGAACCGUUCCAAGUGAGUUUGGAAAUUUGACCAAACUUCAGUGGCUAUAUAUUGGCAGAAGCAACUUGAAAGUGACUAGUUUUCAUUAUAUUUUCUCAUCUGAAUUUCUCAACGAAUCACACACUGCUCCUGCUGAGAAAGCAAAGCCUCAUGCCUAA